AUGCCACGUCUCGCCCUGCAAAGUGGGGUGGUGGUGACGAAGGAUUCCAUCGUCGUGCUCAAGGAGCCGCUCGGCCGGUUCCGAAUCCAGUUCCUCAAAGUCCAGGUCAUUAUCAAGAACAGGCUGAACGGGCGGGUCAGAGUCCGAGGAUGGCCCUACACCCGCGCCAGGAACCUCGACGGCCAGCUUAUGCGGAAGCUGAACGAGGUGUGCCUGGUCGGCCACAUCGACGAGGAGGACCCGAGACCGUGGCUGGAGCAGGCCAUCAUCGAUGUCUACGAGAGCGACAUCGAGGGCCUCCGUGUCGGGGGACUGAGGACGACCAAUGCGCCCUUCCCCCAGUUCCGCUUUGGCGACGCCGCCUACAGGCUCAAGGGCAAGAGAUGGGUUGAGCACCACGAAGUCCUGGUGUGCCGCUACCACCACUAUCUGGUCUAUCGAGACGUGAUCAAGAAGAAGCUGGAGAAGGCCCACCAGUGGGUCCUCAUCCACGCCAACGAGGACAUGUCAGAUGCCGAGUACAAGGUCCGGGACAUGGCCAAGACGAACGACUGGCGAGGAGGCAAUAUCCCGGGGGGUUCGUUCUGCCCGCUGGGCUUCGAUCCCGAGGUCAUCAGCAUCGACGACGACGACGAUGAAGACAAUAAGGUCACCCUCGACAGGAAUGGCAGCGAUGCCACCAAGGCCGACGGCCCCAACAUGCGCAAGCCGGGCCAGAAGUACACAGUUGGCGACUUGUUCUCCGGUGCCGGCGGCGCGUCUCGGGGCAUCCAACAAGCCGGGUUCAAGCUCGUCUUUGCCGUCGACCACUGGAGCGUCGCAGUCACGACGUACCGGGCAAACUUCCCCGAGGUCGACUGCCACCUCAUGGAGGUGGACGACUUCACCAAGGAUUCGGACAUCAACUAUCGGGUCGACAUCCUGCACCUCUCCCCGCCCUGCCAGGUCUGGUCACCGGCCCAUACUAUCGCCGGGCAGAACGACGACAAGAACAUGGCGGCGCUCAUGUCGUGCACCGAAGUAAUCGAGCAGAUCCGCCCCAGGCUCUUCACGCUGGAGCAGACCUUCGGCAUGCUGCACACGCGCUUUGAGCUCUACUUCAACGGCCUCGUCGGCGGCUUCACGGACCACGGUUACUCCGUUCGCUGGGGAGUCAUCAACUUCAACACCUGGGGCCUAUGCCAGCCGCGGCGCCGGCUCGUCAUGGUGGGCGCCUGCCCGGGCCAGGCGCUCCCCGACUUCCCCUCCGCGACGCACAGCCAGGACGGCGCGGGCGGCCUCCUCCCCUUCACGACGUCGCGCGAGGCGCUCGCGCACCUCCGCGCCGGCGACGACCUGCACGACGUGGCGGACAUGCCUCGCCUGUGGAACGCGCGCUCCUGGGACCCGGACGCGCCGCUGCCGCACACCAUCACGUGCUCGGGCGGGCAGAACCACCACUGGGGCGGGCAGCGCGACUUCACGGCCCGCGAGUACGCCAGCCUGCAGGGGUUCCCCGUCCGGCACCGCUUCCGCGGCGCGUACCUCAAGCGGCAGAUCGGCAACGCCUUCCCCCCGAGCAUGGCGCGCCGCCUGUUCGGCCACCUGCGGGACUUCCUCGAGCGGGAGGACCGCAUGGUCGGGCCGAGGGAGGCGGAGCACGAG